AUGUCGGGGACGCCUUUAGCAGAUGCAUGGCACUCUUUGUCAUUUCCUGCGAAAAGGACCUUGGUCAAACAAUUCGCAGCUUACUCCGCUAAGCUUUUUCAGAACAAACUCCAGCGGAUUGGGAAUAUCUAUGAAAAUCCAUGUACUCCCGAUGGCUCCCCGCUAGAUGAAGCUAUUUGGCCUGCUGAGGGCUCAGUAUAUUUCAACGCAUCGGCCCUGAAUGAAUCGAAAAUCCCAGGCCCUCCCGAUGUAGGCAGAAUCGUUUCAAUGGACUUUUUCUGGGGGCCGAGUAUUCAUGAGGAUGUUCACCAGGGGCCAUUCAAUUCUAGCAAAGACUGGAUGCUGUCCCGUCUGUUACUAGAGGAAAGGAACCAUGAAUCAAAGCUGUCUAGUUUACCAUCAAGUGAUUUUGAUCGUAAGCAGGAAGCUAGGGAGGAAGAUGCCACAAGAACAUUGGACAUCAUUGGAAAGCUGAAAAAUAUGCUAUCAUUGGUUUUUCAGCUCAAUGAGGACCACUCUGAAGACAGCCCUGAACCAUCGAUCAUCGUCCAUGAUGACCUUUCCAGCCGAAAUAUUCUCGUCCAAGACAACAGAGAGCUGGCUGCUGUCUUAGACUGGGAAUGUGUCGCGGCACUUCCUUUGUGGGCUGCCUGCAAUUAUCCCGCAUAUUUGGAAGGGCCAAUUAGACGCACAGAGCCCGAUCGAACAACAUAUGGCCAUGAAGAGGAUGGAGAACCCUGCGAUCUCUACUUGGAGCACUUGGAGAAUUAUGAGCUUACUCUUCUUCGUGGCGUCUUUAUGGAUACGAUGAGAGCCCUGGAACCUGGAUGGGUGGAUGUAUUUGAGGAAACUCAGCGCGAAAGAGAUUUUGAUUAUGCAGUACGGAGUUGCGAUAAUGCUUUCGAGGCGCGGGUCAUACGAGAGUGGAUUGAAGAUGUCACCUCUGGAAACAACCCUGAGGGCUUGUGUGAAAGGAUUAAUAAGGCUCAGGAACUGCUAGGCAAUCCUCAAGGCCCUAUGUCAUAG